CUCCGGCAAAAAGUUUGAAUCUCAGUGGAAGUUCAGAUCAGAGCUGAAACGAACCUCAUCAUAUAUCCCAUUCCGACCCCUUCAUUAAUUCAAACUUCUUUGAAGAUGGUUCAAUCCAAGAAGUUCAGAGGUGUCCGGCAGCGCCACUGGGGUUCUUGGGUUUCCGAAAUUCGCCACCCUCUAUUGAAGAGGAGGGUAUGGCUAGGCACAUUUGACACAGCAGAAGAGGCAGCAAGAGCAUAUGAUGAAGCAGCCAUUUUAAUGAGUGGAAGAAAUGCAAAAACCAAUUUCCCAAUAACCCCCCAAGACUCCCAUCGCCCUGCAGACUCCUCCUCCUCGAUUCGUUCAUCACUAUCAGAAAUCCUCCACGCAAAGCUUCGGAAAUGCAGCAAGGUGCCGUCGCCCUCCCUCACCUGCCUUCGCCUGGACAUCGAGAGCUCCCACAUCGGAGUGUGGCAGAAACGCGCCGGCCAGCCGUCGGACUCGAAAUGGGUCAUGACGGUGGAGCUCCAGAAGAACAACCGCAGCAGUAGUAGUAAUGGUGGAGAGGGAACGAAGAAGGCGGAGAGCGUCAGCGUUAGAGGAAUGGACGAAGAAGAAAGACUGGCACUUCAAAUGAUAGAUGAGCUUCUUCACAUAAACACUCCUACUCCUACUCCUUCAUUUCAAGAUAAUAUAUAUAUAGCUAGCUAGGCCAAGCCAUUAUUGAAUUGUUGGAUAUAUAUAUAUAUAUCACUCUUUACUCUUUCAA